CAUGUCAGAUCACAGCAACGUAAAUAAACUAAGAAUCCUAAGUUUACAGUUUUACAAUUUACAGCAAUGAAACCCCCUGCAUUCCGUUCAUUCAGAUUUCUUACCAAAAAGAUCAAAUAACCCUCUCUCCACCACCACCACAUUUCUUGAGAUCCCAACCACACCCACCGUUCAUUCAGAUUUUCCGAGGCUCAGUGCCUUAGCCUUCAUUCUCCAAACCCCACAAACCUCUCAUCUCUCUCCUUUGGACAUCAAUGGCGGACUAUGAGCCAACACGUCAUCAAACCAUCCCCAAGGAAACGGCUCUUCAAGCCUUAAACACUAUAAUCCAGCUCCAUUUUGAGAAAACCCUGGAAAAGAAAAGAGCUAUCGAUCUCCAAAAGAAAGAGCUCCACAAGCUUUUCCAGCUCUUCUUCAUCUUCUUAGCCCUCGUCUUCAUGGCUCAAGCUCAGUCCACACGUCUCCAAUGCCGCCAUUGUUGGGCACCCAUCACUUUGCUUUCCCUUUCCCAUCUUAUCUUCUACGUUUCAGUGGCCCAGACCUUGAGGUGCAUCAAUGGGUUCAAGUACCAGAGAAGGUGCCACAAGCUGACUCUUGGCCUGGCUACUGAUAAGCUUAGAGAAAUGAAGAUGAGGAUUAACAAUGGCGAGUUCGUUGAUGGGUUUGGAGAAGAGGGUGAGUUCGAGAUUCAUUACCAGGAACCUCCUGAAACUUACUUUGCAAAGUUCAAGAGAAACUGGGCAUUGCAUUUUGGUUUCCUUAUCUUGAUCUAUGCUUUCAUGGUUUCUUCUACAGUUGUCUUGCUUUGUUUUUAACUCAUUUGGAUCAUUUUUUUCCCCAGUGUUGUUUAAGAAAAGGAAUUGAUUGCUUUAUGUGUAUAUCUUGGGUUAGAUUCUUGAGGCUCAAUAUUAAAUUAAGAAGAAAAACUUGAAAAAUGAUGUUUAUUAUU